CACACCAUAGACAUGACACCAAAGAUCCACAUGCCAGCCCCAGUGUGCUUCAUUGAGAACAUCAGAGGGCAACUGGUGGCUAAUCAGGAAGCUUUGGAGAUCCUGGCAGCCAAUAAGAAUCCUCUUGUUGUGGUGGCUAUUGUGGGCCUCUAUCGCACAGGCAAAUCCUACCUAAUGAACAAGCUGGCUGGAAAGAACAAGGGCUUCUCUAUUGGAACCACGGUGCAGUCUCACACCAAGGGUAUCUGGAUGUGGUGUGUGCCUCAUCCCAAGAAGCCAAACCACACCCUAGUUCUUCUUGACACAGAGGGUCUAGGAGAUGUAGAAAAGGCUGUGGAUGGAGAAGAUGUUUGGUUACAGAGAAGGAGAAAAGAGGAGGAAAAGACAGAAGGAAAAAAGCUAUACAGGUGUUUGGGCCCAGGCCCUAGAUCCCCAGUCCUUGCAAGCCCCAGCUGCCCAGAGUUUACUGAGGGGGUAUUAUUACACAUGAGCUUGCAGCUCAUUUCAGGAUUAAAUCCCAGAAUCCAGAACUCCAACAUGCCCAGAGAGUGUAUCAGGCAGUUCUUUCCAAAAUGGAAGUGCUUCAUCUGGCCUACAAAUGACAGAAAUCACUUAUUCCAUCUUGAGAAGGUGCCAGAAGACAAGCUGGACAACUUCCAGGAGCAAUCAAAGAAAUUCUGUACCUAUAUUUUCAAUCAUACAAAGACCAAGACCCUAAAAGAGGGAAUCAUUGUCACUGAGAGCUGGCUGGGGACUCUGUUGAAAGCCUAUGUGGAUGCCAUUAAUCAUGAAGCAGUUCCUUGCUUGGAGAACGCAGUGACAGCUCUAGCCCAGCGUGAGAACUCAGUGGCCGUGCAGAAGGCAGCUGACCACUACAGUGAGCAGAUGGCCCAGCGAGUGAAGCUCCCCACAGACAUGCUCCAGGAGCUACUGGAUGUGCAUGCAGACUGUGAGAGGGAAGCCACUGCAGUGUUCAUGGAGCACUCCUUCAAGGAUGACAAGCGGGAGUUCCAGAAAAAACUCAUGGACACCAUAGAGGAGAUAAAGGAAGAUUUCUUGCUGCAGAAUGAAGAUGAUUCUGUCAAAUAUUCCCAGGCACAGUGUAAGCAACUUUCAGAGACCCUGAUGAAAAGCAUUUCAAGAGGAACUUUCUUUGUUCCUGGAGGAUACCAUCUUUACUUAGAAGCAAAGGAAAAGGUUGAAUGGGACUAUAAACUAGUGCCCAGGAAAGGGGUUAAGGCAAAUGAAGUUCUCCAGCACUUCUUACAGAACCAGGUGGCAGUAGAAAACUCCAUCCUGCAGGGAGACAAUGUCCUCACCUAUCAGGAGAAGGUCCUAGCAGCUGAGUGGGCUUUGAAGGAGGCAGCUGAAAAACUGUAGCUGCUAAGACAGAAAUACAAGAAGCAACAGCAAAAACUGGAGGCUCAAGAGAGAAGCUUCAAGGAAAGCAUAGCCCAACUGAGAGAGAAGUUGGAGAGAGAAAGAGAAAACCUUCGGAGGGAACAGGAAAAAAUGUUGAAUCACAAGCUGAAGAUCCAAGAAGAACUUCUUAAUGAAGGAUUUCUAAAGAAAUCUGAGGAGUUGCAUGCAGAGAUACAGCUACUAAAAAAAGAGAUUGCCAUGAAUAAUGAAGAUAAAUAUUCAUUGGGCCCAUGGAUCUUUGAUGUGAUUGAUAAAGUGUUAGGGGAAGAAAUGCCAGAUCCUAAUAAAAGUAUCAAAGGAGAUUUGGAUGAUGCAAGUAGAAAAAAUGCAGUUAUUCUCGAGCAGCUGUGGCUUCAUACAGUGGUGGUCAGAUGUGAUGUUUCUGCAGAACUGUCCAGGAUCACUGACACCAGAUGGCAGCACAGAAUAAGUAUUCUACAGGCUGCAACUCCAAGUAUACUGGAAAGUGAGGAAAUAUAG